AGAGUCGAUUAAUCGGCCGAUCGUCAUCCUCGAGGCUCGACAUUACUCGACGGCAGUGAAGGGAAAAAAAAACCCAAACACAAAUCGGUGCGUUGAACCCUCGCGCGUAAUGUUGAGCUGUUACGAGUUCCUACGAGCAGUGUGAUAAUUGUGUGUAAUGCGUAUGCGUGCGUGUGUCAGACAGUGCGUGUCAAAAUUAUGAAAACGCGUUCGCGCGUCGCCGAUGUAAUGAAGUGCUGAGUCCAUCCAAUUUGGUUUAUUCGACCGUUUUCGCAGGCAAUGGGCAGAACCGGCGCGUUCGCGAUUAUCACGCACGUCUGAAAAUUCAACCUCAGGUCCCGGCACGCAGGUACGUCCGGAGUGCCAACGGUCAAAGAGCAGUUUCGUAUAUAAUUCCGCCUGAUUCCGCUUCAUUCCAUUUGAUUCUCGAGACCGUGCUCCCCCGCAAAAUACGCUACAAAUUAUUUACGAAACAGAGUGCGAUAUCAGCAAGGUUAUACAAGAUACGAGUGUGUACCGCGUUAUCGCCGAUAACCGUCAAACGAGACGUACUUAUUUCCUCCUUCCCACGACUUCCACCCGUGGAAUUCUAUGAGAAUUUACAGAAUGUGACGUUCAUUUGAUUAUGCUAAUACAGCGGUGAUGUUUGGACUUUGCGAUCGGUAUUUUAAGUCAUGAUUAAGCGGAAUUUCCAAGCACGUCUACAUUUACUUGCAAAAAUUCGAGGUCAUUCGACACACCUUGGUUUUCCUUAUCGCAAGCGUCGGCUAUCUGUUCAAGGGUCGCAUUGAAUAAUGUUGAACAGUAUAACAAAACACAUUUUGCACUGCUGUCUGCUACUUGUGGUCAUAUUAGUAUUUGAAUUUGUAUCUGGAGGCCUUCGAUGGAAUACGGAUAAGAAGGAAGAAAUUGAUCCAUGGACAAGAUAUGGCAUUAUCGGUGCAAUUACUUUGUACCUGUUACGCACAGUGACGUUUCUUUCCUUGCCACAAGUGUUAUUCAAUUUUAUAGGAUUAACAAUAUACAAUGCAUUCCCUGAUAAAGUAAUCUUGAAAGGCUCACCUCUGCUUGCACCAUUUAUCUGUAUAAGAAUAGUAACUCGUGGGGAUUAUCCGCAAUUAGUAAAGACGAAUGUGAAGAGAAAUUUAGAUAAAUGUGUAGAGGCUGGUCUCGAAAACUUCCAAAUAGAAGUAGUGAGCGAUAAGUCAAUAGGAUUAACGCCGCAUCGCAGAGUGCGAGAAGUUGUCGUUCCACCGAAAUAUCGCACAAGUAGUGGUGCCUUAUUUAAGGCUCGUGCUUUACAAUACUGCCUCGAAAGCUCGGUAAAUGAAUUGGCUGAUCACGACUGGAUUGUUCAUCUCGAUGAAGAGACUCUGAUGACUGAAAAUUCUGUUCGCGGCAUAUUGAACUUUGUAUUAGAUGGCAAACAUCAAUUUGGUCAAGGGUUGAUUACGUAUGCUAAUGAGGAUGUUGUUAAUUGGAUUACGACCUUGGCCGAUAGCUUUAGAGUAGCAGACGAUAUGGGAAAGCUAAGAUUACAGUUCACUAUGUUUCACAAGCCAUUUUUUAGCAUGAAAGGGUCUUAUGUUAUCACACAGAUGGGAGCAGAAAAACAUGUUUCAUUUAAUAAUGGAUUAGACGGAUCCGUUGCAGAAGAUUGUUUCUUCGCAAUGAAGGCAUUUUCCCAGGGAUAUUCGUUCAAUUUUGUGGAUGGCGAAAUGUGGGAAAAAUCGCCGUUUUCUCUGUGGGACUUUGUACAGCAGAGAAAAAGAUGGCUGCAAGGUAUAUUACUUGUUGUGCAUUCCAAAGCGAUUCCAUUGAGAAAGAAAUUGUUGCUGGCUAUUUCGUGUUACUCGUGGGUAACGAUGCCUCUUUCUACUUCUAACAUUGUUUUGGCCGGAUUGUGUCCGAUCACUUGCCCGCCGUUGAUCGAUUUUCUUUGCGCGUUUAUCGGUGCAGUAAAUAUCUACAUGUAUGUGUUUGGAGUAGUUAAAUCGUUCUCCUUAUAUCGUUUUGGUGUUGCUCGAUUUAUGCUAUGUAUAUGCGGUGCAUUAUCCACUAUUCCAUUCAAUAUAAUUAUUGAGAAUGUUGCCGUGAUAUGGGGUUUGUUUGGUAAGAAACACAAAUUCUAUGUCGUUAACAAGGAGCACAGGCCACCAUUGACCGUAUGAUGCGUCAUCAGUUUAGAACUAUUAUCUAACUGGUAUAUACUUAGCAACAGAGUAAUGUUUCCAUUGUGCAUGUGCAUAAUUAGUACCUGUAAAUUUACAUUUAGGAAAACUAUCACUGUCAUAAAUAAAAUAUUUAUAACUAG